GUUAGAUUUUCCGUGUCAGGUGUGGUUCAAAUUUCUUAGUCAAUAGCCUAGACUCAGUCUUUCUUUCUCCUCGUGGCUUUUGAAGCGGCAAGUUGUGGUUUCGGAAAAUUUCAGUGUGUCUCGUUCAAACCAAGAAUAAAUAUACCUAUAAAAUAGCCACUUUGUCCCAUACGGUUACAUACAUAUAUCUGUAUGUACCUGGAGAAAGAGAGACGAACUAUCAAAAAGAAAAAAAACUAAAACCAACCCCUCCCUCUAUCGGUGCGGUGCCUGUUCCAAAAAGUGAAUUGCAUAUUUCACAGAAUAGUAGCCACUUUACAUCGACUUAAUAGUACCAAAGUCAACAAGCUGCUCCCGGAGCUUUUAAGUUCAUUUAACCCCCCUGCCGUAGAUAUUGGUCUAUUAGAGCCUUCUGUUCUGGAAUAACUCUGUAAAAUGUUUUGGUAACGGCCUCCGCCUAGCCGUGCGAUAUAUGUGUCGUCGGUGUGACUUGUGUCUAAGUGUCACUGUGCUGCCAGCCUCCACCGAAAUAUAAUACGAUCUGAAAAUCUGAGCCAUGUCCAUUCCAACGGAAUCUAAGUAGGAUAGCGAGGAGGUCCGCAUAUAGUCAGAAAAUAGCCCGUUUGUUUGAAGCUCGAAAAUAAUGUAAAAUAAAAACAAAAAAAUUGAUAAAGCGACUCGGGGCUGAAGAGAAGCAAGUUUGAGAUCAAAAGUGUCCGACCAGUGAGCUAAUGUCAGCCAGCAUAAGCGGGUGAAGUAACUUUGUAGGUAAACUCUGGUUGAAUUCUCCCUCCCACACAGAGUCAUCAGCUACGAAAGAUCUUUUGCCGCUGGAAACCAACUGAACGUUUUCGGCACUCACUUAAUCUAAAAACCAUAGAUAACUCAAAUCCUUAUCAUGACUUGGUCCAGAAGUAUGAGGCUUUAGUUGAGGUCCAGAGGACUUCAAUUGCCUCCAUGAACAAUUGGGUUACCGACAUAAACAAUGACAAGGAAAAAAAAUGUAGUCCAAAUAUUAUGCACCUGGAAUCUGUAGGAAUAGAUGACAACAAAGAAGAUGGAGUAGUUGUUGAUAAAUCAAAACAAGCUGUUGUGAUGUCGAAUAGUGCACUGGGACAGACUCAAACUGAGUUCUCAGAGGUUGAAACUUCAUCAUCGGGGUUUUCAGAUGACACAAGUAAUAAGUACACGCAAACUGAUGAGCACCCAGGAUACUUUUUAUGCUCAAUUAGUGAUGGAAAGGACUGUAAAUUUAGUAUUUACGACGAUGUUAGUCCGAUAGACUCCCACUUUCGGCACCGCCCUGAGUACAGAGAACUGUUUAAAGAGAUAUUUGGAGUGCUUAAAAAAGCCGCACAGAAUAAUGAAGUAGACGAAAAAUUGCCGUUGUUAGAAGACGAGUCUCAUAUUGUAAAUCGAGUGACAUCAAAAACAACGAUAGUAUCUACAGUAACCCCUGUGAUCGAACAACAACUGGAGCGAUUUAUUGAUGAAACUCAAAGCAUAGCGUCAUCCGUUACAUCUAACCAUUCUCUAGCCAUUUCAGAGUGUAUCACAAAAAUAGAACGCAAGACAGCUAAAAAGCAUAUAAAUGAUUUCAGAAGUAAUCAAAACAAUUCACCAAUGAUCAAAGAAGCACCUGUGCACAUGUACAAGCUAAAAAAAUCUGUAUGUGAAACCAAAAUUAAGCCUAUUGAGGAAAAUGGACGGAUUCUUACUCCAAUUAAGCGAGAACCAUUAGAAUAUUUAACUGUGGGCGUAGGAAUAAAAAAAAAAAACCGCCGUAAACAUCGAAAUCUGUCGACAUUUGGAGAUCGUUUUGAGCGACAAUUAUGGGAUGACAUAGAUAAACGAAGUUCCAAUAAUGGUGACUAUUGUGGUAAUGUGAACUAUAUGCCAAAAUCUUUUGAAACAUUCAAUACGGAUUUGCGAGGCAUUGGGCGCGAUGUUCGUAAACGUACAUCAGAUUUGUGUAACAAUUGGAAUGGUUCCCAAGUGGUAAUUUAUAACCGAAAUAUUAAUAAAUCUCAAUCUGCUAGUGGUCGUGUUAUAGAGUUAAACGGCAUUGAGUUUUAUCAUAAUACUGUUUCACAAGAACUGCACAAGCUUAAGAAACUGGAUCUGUCCUACGCGGACGUACUGCGCCGUGCCGACACUUGUGAGCAUAUGCAUUCAAAGUUUCGUGGGCAACGGCUGAACGAAAAUGGCCUCAAUGCGAAUAACAUAAAGAAAAAUUAUCAGCAUCGGCAAUAAAAUCAUUUUUUCGGUGUUGAUACUAGUGAUUUUGCUACCAGAUUAAAAUGAAUUCUAGUCUCUUUUUAAAAAUGUAAAUCAUGGGUAAUCUUAUAUCAACUUAAACUUUGUAUACCGACAAAAAGAAACCCCAAAUGCUAUCAAACCAUAAUAUUAGAAACUACAAAUUAAUAAAGAUCUCUGUACCAUUUAUUAAAA